CCUGGAAAGGACGCUCCAGUCCCCUGAGGUCAGACUCUUCAGUAUCCUGAGGCCAGACGUGGUCAACUGGUCAAUGGAGGAGAAGACAAUGCCAUGGGAAGAAGGCUGUAAGGAGGCAGCAGAACAGAAGACCAGCAAAUACCAACAACUGGCUGCAAGGACAAAGGAGGGCAAACCUGACUGCUUCCAGUGUAGGUGGGCUGUCGAGGAUUUCCUGCACAGUUGGUGUGGGGUCUGCAGACGAGGAUGGGAGUAACAGAAGAACAGGUCGGGAGGGGCUUCAGGGACAGUCCGUCAUUAGCUCUGGAACAAGAUGGAGGAGAAGAGUUGGAAGCCAAGAGCAGAGGGGCAGUGGGUUGCCCACUGCUGCCGACCCACCAACUGGAGAGUGUCAUGGCUUUGGGGACUACAGUUGUAGAGUGAUGUAUCGUGUUAGACAUUUAUGGAUUUUGCUUCACCUGACAUUGGUUUGGGGUUGAAACACUUGGUGAGAGUUGAGCACCACCUAAUGAUCUCGUCUCCAUGGCCAAGUCUUCAACUUGUCCGGCCACAACAGGUUUGGGGGGCAUCUGAUAGGUGUAUGAAAAUCAGAGGUGCCUUAAAAUGAACAGUACCAUUUAAAGACAUCUUGACAUAUAUCUGUCUGAGAUAUCUCAAAAUGUAGACCUGUUCUCUGAGAUCUGCAAUUGUAAGAUUCUUUAAAUACAUUUCCAGAAUUCUCCAAAUGCUAAUUGGCUUGCCAUACUCUGGGUUCUCUCCUGCCCCCUACUGGAGCGCUGAGCCUUUCGCUGCGUUUCGUUCCACGGCUGGUCUGACUGCGUGGUGCCAUGCGUUUUAUUCUUCUUGCUGUUAUCAUUAUUAUAAUUUUUUUCUUUUGCUUCGGCUCCCACUUCGUGCUACAGGGGGCACUGUGGAAAGCUUCUUCUCCUGAUCGCUAAAUGUCAGCUCAAUUCCAAAAUCGUGUCGAUCGCGUGCGCCGCACAUCCAGCCCCGUCUGUAUCGCCCGCUCGCUCGCACAAGUUAAACAAGCCUUGGAGCGGCGAGUCCUGCGAGUCAGUUCGCGAACGAGGCACCGGAGCGCUCGGCGCGGUCUCAAGGCACUCAUGGAUCUCUUAACUUCAGGCGACGCCUUUGACCAUCUGAUCUUGAAAGACUAGGAGGAUCGUGGUGCCCCGCCUGCCCUCAACUUGGACACCUUUGGAACUCAGCGGAGGACAACAUGCAGGGUCGGGAGUCGAGAGUGACUUGUCUAAGUAGAAAACUGCGGUAGAGAGCGCAACUUUAGCGAAGUGGAUCCACGCGGGCUUGACGUUACCGGCGGCUCAUUCCGACGCAGCCUGGAUAUCGUUUAUGAAGAGCUCGGAAACUGAUAUCUUCUCUUUGUUUGGAAAGUCGUUUUAAAUUUUUUAUUUCUUUUACUUUUACGAGAUAUGUCCGGAGUUUGUUUUUGGCAGCUUUUGAACAUUGUUUGCUGCUGCUGCAUUUUGGUCCGCGUCCAGGCCGACUCGGACCCCGGCAUUACGGCAGAGGAGCAGAUCUACUUGCUUUUCCGUGCUAAGCUCCAGUGUGACCUGAACAUCUCAACAGAGAGCUUCAAAGACAGUCCUUGUCCUCCAGGCUGGGAUGGCUUGAUUUGCUGGCCAAGGGGAUCUCCAGGAGAGGUGACAAGUGUCCUCUGUCCAGCUUACGUCUACGACUUCAACCACAAUGGCUAUGCCCACAAAAGAUGUGACGUCAGUGGCUCUUGGGACCUCAACCAGACUUGGACAAAUUAUUCAGAGUGUUUACGCUUUCUUCAGCCAAAGAAUGAAGACAGGAAGCAAGAUUUCUUUGACCGUCUGUACAUCAUGUACACCAUUGGGUACUCAGUGUCGUUCUGCUCCCUCUUGGUGGCCAUCUUCAUCAUUGGUUAUUUCAGAAGGCUCCACUGCACAAGGAACUACAUCCACAUGCAUCUAUUUGUGUCCUUCAUGUUACGGGCUGUCAGCAUCAUUGUCAAAGACAAGGUGGUCCACGCCAGCAGUGGUCUGCAGGAGCUCGACUCAUUUUUGAUGAGCGACAUGAGGAACAAUUCCUUUGCCCCGCUUGUGGACAAGAGCCAAUACAUCGGGUGCAAGAUCACAGUUUUCCUGUUCAUCUACUUCCUGACCACCAACUACUACUGGAUUCUUGUGGAAGGCCUCUACCUCCAUAGCCUCAUAUUCAUGGCUUUCUUUUCUGAUACCAAAUACCUCUGGGGAUUCACUCUGAUCGGCUGGGGUGUACCAGCUGUCUUUGUGGCAGCAUGGGCAGUCGUCAGGGCAACGCUGGCAGAUGCCAGGUGUUGGGAUCUCAGUGCCGGCAACAUAAAAUGGAUUUACCAGGCGCCAAUUUUAAUCGCCAUUGGGUUGAAUUUCAUCCUGUUUCUGAAUAUCGUUAGAGUGCUUGCCACGAAAAUUCGGGAAACCAACGCAGGACGAUAUGAUACAAGGAAGCAGUACAGGAAGCUGGCCAAAUCGACGUUUGUGCUGGUGUUAGUGUUUGGCGUUCACUAUAUCGUGUUUGUGGGGAUGCGGCACACCUUCCAGGGCACGGGAUGGGAGCUGCGUAUGUACAUCGAGCUGUUCUUCAACUCCUUUCAGGGAUUUUUUGUGUCCAUCAUCUACUGCUAUUGCAACGGAGAGGUCCAGACGGAAAUCAAAAAGACUUGGACCCGCUGGAAUCUGGCAUUCGACUGGAAACGAACGACAAACUGCGGCAGCUACCGUUAUGGCUCCGUCCUCACCAACCUGAACCACAGCACGAGCAGCCAGUCUCAGCUAGCUGGCACUUCCCGGACGGCUCUCUUCUCCAGCAGGGUGUACCGCAGCGGGACCAAAGUCAUCAACAGCCACACCACCUUGCCUGGAUAUGUCCUCAGCAACUCGGAUGCCGAGAGCCAACCGGCUUCGAUCCCCGAGGAGAUGGACGAAAACCAGGUGGAUGACAUCUCCUUGAAAGAAUCGCUCCAGCCGAUGCUGACCCACCACCCUGCGGCUGAGGACAGCGAAGAAACUCUAUGAGCCUUCCUUCAGGUCGCC